UGUACGUUGCUAACUGAGGGAUUCUAAACUGGGCUCAGCUGGUCCAAAACGGGUUCGGAGCGGUCCUAGAUCCGGACACCGGGUGAUCCAAACCUGUCCAGUGUGGUUCUGUGUGGUCCAGGAUGCACCAGCUGUUCAGCCAGGUGUUGGGCCAAAGGGAUCUCUCCCGGGCAGGAGACUUGUUCUCUCUGGAAGACUCCGAGAUUGAGGACUGCCUGUCUGAGGCUCUGGACCAGAUCAAGACCAUCUCCUGUUCACCAGACUAUCUAACCAAUGACAACGACCAGGCAGUGGUUGAGAUUUGCAUAACGCGUAUCACUACGGCGAUAAGAGAGACUGGUUCCAUUGAGUGUCACAGCGCUGCACUGGUGGGACUGUGGGAGUCGUGUCUGGAACACAACCUCACACCACAGGGCGAGAGCAGUGAAGACACGCCACAUGCCAAGAUAGCCUCUGACAUCACCAGCUGUAUACUGCAGAACUACAGUCGCCCUCCCGUCAUGGCGCUGGCUGUCCCAGUAGCAGUGCGGUUCCUGCAGAGAGGGAAUAGGGAGCUGAGCAGGAAUAUGUCCAGUUACUUGUCGCUAGCUGCCAUAGCCAAGGCUGACCUGCUCGCUGAACACACAGAGGCCAUAACACUGAGUGUCCUGGGAGGGAACCACAUGCUGUUACGAGUGCUGCCAUCAGUUUACUCCAAACAACCGGAUGCCAUCCACCAUCACCUUGGCAACCUGACAGCCAUGAUGUCACACCUGGAGUCACCAGAGCAGCAACACCUGAUCAGGCUCAUCCAGAUUGUUGCUGAGCAACAUCCUCUUAUGUUGAGCCCCCAGGUCCCUGCCCUUGUUGGUUAUCUAGGUGACCACUCCCUGACUGAGGCCCUACUGGGUGCACUCGUGGAUGUUUCACAGGCAAGCCCUUCUUCGCUGGUCAGCUUCCUGCCAGUGCUGAGGAUUGUGGGACAAAAGAGCCCACCCCUGUUGGGUCAUAUCGCCAAAAUUCACGGAGCUGUGGGCAUUAUAAGUGAGAUUCAUGCACGUAGCUCCUUGGUCUACCUGGUGUCCCUUCUAGGCAGUAUGGAGCACAGUUUUCACCACGCCCUGCUGCUGGAGAUCAGAGCUCUGACGGACCGUUACCCGUCCAUACUGGGUGGCUGCAGCAAAGACAUCUACAGGAUGAGCAACUCCUUCACUGCCAUAGCCAGGCUGCUGGGGAGAAGGCUGGAGGAGAGCACAGCUAUCACUCGUGGGGAGGAUAACAAUGAGUGUCUACCAUCUCCCUGUGUGUCUCCUGCGGUCAGAGAGGAGGGGGAGUCAGAGCAGCGUCUGCAGGUGAAGAUCCAGGCCUUCGAGGAGAAGAUUGGAGAGGAGGGAGGAGAUGGGAAACUAGAGGGGGACUCUCCUGCACCCCAGCGAAGGUAUAGCCUAGACCAGGCUGCCAGGGAGGAGCGACGGGAGAUGAGGUUCAACAGGUCAAAGAGUCUGGCUGUCCACGCUGUGCGCUCACGCUCCAUCAAUUCAGACAACGGGGAGGACGGAGAGGGGCUGGAGCUGAGCCCUGACAACAUCUUCUCCGACAAGUUAACCAACCAGUACACAGAACACCAGGAAGAACCACCCACAGAGAGGAAAAUGACCAAUGACAGCUCCCUGCCCAUCACCAAGGCCACAGAUAAAGGAAGGAAAGAGGCAGACGAUGAUAAAGCUCAAGGGGGAGAGAAGGAUGGAGAGGAGGAGGACGAGAGAGGGCAAACAGACAGAUUGCAUGUCCAUCUGAGAGACAAUAUGGAGAGGAUCAGAGAGUUUUGUAAAGACAUGAUGCAGCAGAUCCCCAUACCAGAGCACUGUAUCAUAGAAGAUUCUAGUCGGGGCUGUGUAGCCAAGCUUUCGUUCUCCUGUCCUUUGAAGGGCCAUUACUGCUUAUACGCCAAGUCCUAUUUCAACCUGACCAGCCGACAGCCUCAUCUGUGGAUACACAUCAUGUUACUCCACCUACAGAGUAAGUCCAGUGUUCCUCUGCGUUCCACACAUGAGUGUGUUCAGAGACUAGGUUCUCUAUGGGAGAGUACUCAACUCAAAGGUGCUCACAGCUUCCCCAUGGCUAUGACACAGCACACCACCCCGUACAGGAAGGACUUGGACAGUCUACAGAUUCAUCUGGAGGAAGUGCGUUUUUUUGACCUGUUUGGCUACAGUGAGGAAGAGGAGGCCUGGCUCUGCUUCAUGUGCAACAACCCUGAAAAGGCAACUGUUGUGAAUCAGGAGGGGAAGCCCCUGAUGGAGGGAAAGCUAAAAGAGAAGCAGGUCCGCUGGAAGUUCAUCAAACGCUGGAAAACCCGCUACUUCACUCUUGGAGGAAACCAGCUCCUCUUCCGGAAAGGCAAAUCGAAGGAUGAACUGGAUGACAUUCCCAUCGAGCUGAGUAAGGUGCAAAGUGUCAAGGUGGUCGCUAGGAAGCGUAGGGAGCGGGGUCUGCCACGGGCCUUUGAGAUCUUCACUGAAAGCAAGACGUACGUCCUGAAGGCGCAGGAUGAGAAGCACGCUGAGCAGUGGCUGCAGUGCAUCAACGUGGCUGUAGCUCAGGCCAGGGAGAGAGAAAACAGAGAGGCUACCACCUACCUCUGAGACCAGCAAGGAAAGACACACGGCCAGAGGCCAACACGUGCCCACACACAUGCAUCCACAAACACAUGCAUGUUAAACACACACUGGGACACGCUGCUUUAAGUGCGCAUUGACAAAGACACACACUAUCCGUGAGACCUCUGAGGACAGAAAAUACACACGUUCACCCAUGGGCAUAUGAGCACACACAUUUUGAUACACACAAUUAUCCACUUUCACUCACACGCAGGCACAAAACAGCAGUUUUUAUUCAGCUGUAAGGGAUAAUUUUGAGCAUUCAAACACAAAUUACAGCAAG